AAGCCGUUUCACCCUCCGUCAGCGCCGCCCCCCCCCCCCGGGGCGCUCCCCAGCGUGGGCCGCGCGGCCUCUUUGGCUCCCCCUUCCCCCUCUCCCUUCUUGGCGCGGCGGCCAUGCCGGUCAUCGCAGGGGACCCCGAGCAGCGCGUGACCAUAUCGUUGCCACGGCAAUUGAAGGGGCUGCAAGGCGAAGCGGGCAAUGCCUUCCACUACAAGAAGUUCCAGAUGUGGCACAAGGGGACGACGUUGCUGAAAGAGCCAGCGCAGAUAGCCGCUGUGCACGACGGCGAUCUCGUAGUCAUCAAGCCCGUGGAUGAUACGCCGGUGAAGAGCGAGUUCACGCAGAGCACAAAUAAGGCGGAGUUCGUGGCCCACCCGGUGCAGCAGAGGGCGGUCCGGAGGCAGCCCGAGCGCGCCAUGCCGUCCAUCAAGUUCGAGGCCGUCAGCGAGAAGCAGGCGGCGUUCAUCGACCACCCCAGGGCGCGGCCGGUGCCCGUGCGGCCGAAGUCCGGCGGCUGGAAGCCGGAGACGGCCGCUUUUACGGGGGAGUCGACGUACAAGGCGGCGUACGCGGGGGGACCCGCGCAGCCCGUCGAGCGCAGGAAAGUCGCCAACGCCUGGAAGCCCAACACGGCCCCCUUCGAGGCUUACUCGUCGUACGCCGCGGACUACAAGAAGCACCCCGUCGAGGAGCUGCAGCGCGCCAAGCGGGUGCACCAGAGGCACUGGAACGACGCCCCCUUCGAGGGGGAGAGCACGUACGCGCAGGCAUUCAAGACCCACGAGGGCGCCAGGCCGUCGACGCCGUGGAAGGGCCCGGAGAAUAGGAUCCUCGACGACACGCCGUUCGAGGGGAUGUCGGAGUACCUCCGCGAGUACCAGAAGAAGCAGACGGUGAACGUGGUGCACCUGGAGCCAGCGGCGCUGGAGCGGCCCCGCUCGGCGCCGCCCCGCGGGAAGACCGCGCCGCGCCGGCCGCUCGUGCCCGCCGCGGGGCAGGUCACGCCGCGUCGGCCUCCCACCCGCGGCGCCAAGCCGCAGGCCUGACUCGCCAGCUUCGAGAGCGACUACGUCGACUGGUGCUAGCACCGAGCGGGCCUCAGGCCUUGCAGAAUGUGCUGCCUGCUGCGCCCUGAGGCCUGAGGGCGCGGGCUCGCGCACGACCGGGACCGCCUGCGAGAUCCCGACUGGGAUGUGCUCCUGGUGCCCUUGGUUGUACCGUCGCAGCAGCAGGCAAGCGCUCGGGUCGCCGGAACGAGCGCCCCGCCGAGCUUUGUGUGCGGCUCUCCCCCCGGGGAGGGCCCCUCGGGGCCGACACGGGACGUGAUGCCGAAUGCUCAUCACCUUGGCCAGCGGAGGGUCGCCCGCGCUCGAGGCGUGCUGCUCUGUCCCAGGCGUGGCUGUAUAGAGGCCUGCCCCCGCGUCGGCUCUCGAGCUGGGGGUGGUGCCGCGGCCGCCGCAGCUCUGCGGGCCCUCGGCCGCCGCGUCCGGCCCCGGGUCCGCUUUCGGUCCUUCCCCCGCUCCCAGCCCUGCUUUCCAUCCCCUCGCGAGCCCCCCAGCGGGAAUAGUCUGAGUUUCACGGCCAGCUUGUUGCGCAGAGUCUUCUUUUUUGAGGACGGCGCAUAUGGUGAGGUGCGGAGAUGGUAUGAGAUUGUCAGAGUAAGGGAAGUCCCGCGGCGUUGAAGACCAAUGCAGCGUGACGCGACCCCACGCGAUGUGAGCCCAAACGCCUGAACUGUUUCUCAAUCUUGUUCCUGAGCGCGUGCAGCGCUAGUGAGCGUAGCCCCUGUACGCUCUUCAUGAUUCCUUGUUUGACCUGUUGAUUAGUUGUAUUAUGGACCGGCACUCGCGUGAUUGAUGCGGUCCAGCAUGGCUUCAUUUGAUGUCCUGAGUUCAUUUGAUGUCCUUGUGGUGUUUGGAUCAUCGCGUUGAAGAGACGGCGCCCCGCGUCACCUCACCUCACUCCCGCCUCUCUCUUCCUGUGUUCCUUCCCUUGCUUCUGCCACCUCCCGCAUGUCCUCAUCGUCAUCCUCUCCAUCCUCAUCUCAUCCGCAGCCAUCUUGGAUCGAGCUCGAAUCGUGCUCCCUGGCACUUCGAGCUUGGACGCUGCCAAUGUGAUCAUCAAGUGUCCUGACUCGGGGGGGCAGGCUUCCAGACUCUUGCUGUGCGCCAGCGCACGGCCCGUUGUGACUUUUUGCCCUCGCACCGCUCCCACCUGCCCGCUUCCGCCCCUCCUGCUGGCGGCUGCAGGCGACAGUGCGCUUGCCCAAAUCAUGGAGAGGUUCGGCGCUGCCGACCAAGGCCUCGCCUAGUGUCGUGGGCUUGCUUCUUGGAGUGACGCCAGCGAGACUCGCACGAGCAAGUUCGAGGAGGACACCGACCGCAGUCUCCCCGAGCUGAGUCGGAAGCUGGACGCGAUCGCCUCCGGGCACGCCUUCGGGAAGCCUGGGCAGUUGCAAGUGAAGGCGUCUUGUACUUGAUGCAGGACGGAGACCUGUGCGAGAUCGUGGCAAAAAAUGAGGGUGGGGGAAAUCGAUUCGAGCAAGCGCUUGCACCUCUCCGAUCAGUUCACCAACAGCCUUGCCAGGAGGGUGCAUGCUCAGAUCGCCGAGCAGGAGCUUUGUUUCAGACAUGCGCAGCCUCUGCUCAAUCGUCUAAGCGGCGUCGCCUGGCCUCCCAGUGAAGAGGCGGAUUUGAACUUGCCGUGGGCGAGGCAAGUGAUGCCCAGCAUUGCCAUUCGCAGUUUGUGCUCGGAUUUGGUUCUCCCUCCUCUCCUUCCUCCUCCUCCUCCUCUUCCUCCUCGUCCUUCGAGAAUGUAUUCCCGAGGUUCUGCGAGGUUGCCCAGCCGGGCUGCGCCCGCAGGACACAGGAAUGGAAUGUCGCCACCUUUGCCGGGCGGCUGGAUCGGAGUGGUACCCCAGAACAGGUACCCUUGGAGAUGCCCACAAUGUUUUCGAGACGUCCGACCAUGACCAUGUGUUUAUCACACCCCUCUGCGCCUUCCGAGAAAUAUUCCAAGGUGGGUCCUCGAGCAUUCUCAAUUUGGUUAUUUGGGAUCAUCUUGCAUUGGCGAGGCAGGUCUCCAGGAGCUCCCCUUCCAGCAGCGGAGCGCGCUGAAGGACAUCUUUUUCGCCGCCAGAGCCGACAGAUAGGAUGUUCAAGGUCGGGGCCCUGACCGACAGGCAGAACAUCGCAAUUUGCCUGCAGGUGCCACGGGCUCUACGAGCCUCGUCCGCGCCCGCGGGAAGGUAUGAGAAAUGCAGCAGUGUCUGGGCCGGGAAAGGUCUGGAAGUUCAUCCGGAGCUGGCUAGGCAUAUUAGCUCGGAAGGCUGCCGAUAAAGUGUCGAUGACCAGAACCACGCCCAUACGAAUGACCUUGCGAGCGUAGCUAUUUUAGAGGAUUUCGCUCGCCCCCCCGCGCGCGAGCAUGACUUCCCUGAAAGCGAGCAGCGGCGAGCGCAGCUUCAUCAGCGUUUGAAGUUCUGGUCGCCU